AUGUCAGACAAUGUUCCACUGCUAUUCCUUUCUUGCCUCAGUAGACUAAAAAAAAAAUUAAAUACUCUUUUCUUUUAUUCACAGGAACAAAAUUAUAUAAAUCCCAUAAUUUUCCAUGAGACAGGAUAUGUACAAAUGUUACUUUUGACAAAAAAUAAGUUUCCUCUUCAUCCUAUGGGAAAUGAAAACAUUUACCCGUAUAAAAGAACACACUUUGUUUUAACUAGUGGUCAGUCUAUUAAUCCUUCCAAUCUCAAAAGAACUGUACCUACAGCGUGGAGGAAAAAUAUACAAACAACACCUUUUGAAGUGAAAUGCAGAGUUGUAGAGGAUAAACCAAAGAGGAAAAAUAAUAAGCCUAUAUUAGAAAAUAUAAAUUGGAAUAAACUCUAUCAUUUCUCACAGACUUUUUCCAGCCUAACAAAAAAAUUUGUGGGUUUCCUUGAUAAAACUGUUAUUCAAGAAAGGAAUGCUAAAACUGGCAAAUUUGAAAGAAUGUUUUCUACCACAAAACCAAUGAACUCACACAAGUUCAAUGCUUCAACUGUCAGUAGUUGUUCAAAGCCUUUAAAAAAUUUACUCAAAGUACACAAAUUAAAUAAUAUAACACCAUUGGAUGAUUUGUUAAACUUGUCAAGUAAAACUUAA